AUGUCAAAUCGAGUAUGGGCGGCUUCGGUAAGCCUCCUGAUAUUUUUUGGCACAUUGUCGAUGCCAGUGCAAUCUCGUCCGGUGUUCUCCACUUCUGAACCAUCAGUUUCCGAAAUCGAACCAUCUGAUGCUCCUUUACCCCAACCAGCAGCAAAUGCACCAGCAAAACCUGAAGAUGUACAUUUAUCAAGUGUCAAAGUGUCUGGUAUGCGUUUAGAAUCAAAUGUCGGAGUCAAAGAAAAUAUUGUCUUGGGACAUAACAGAAAACAUAAUGUGGUUAUCGUUCCCAAUAAAGAAGUACGUGUUGUUUUGUUUGGAAUGAACUUCCAAGAUAUCGGAGCUCUCACUUUCACAGCUGAUGGAACUUGUAAAGACAUGGAACAUUUCUUUGAGGCAGACUUCUCAUCAAUGACUACUACUCGUUUGGUAGUAGAGAUGAUUUUCCCAAAAACAUCAGCAGAGACCACAACUUUCAAACUUUGUGUGUCGGAAAAGUUCUACUCCGCACCGCAAUUUGCAAUCGUUGAAGAUCCUUUCACUACUGUAACCACUGAGAUCCCUCCAACAGAAAAUGCAAUGCCCAUGUGGUUGGCGAUUAUCUGUUUGAUGAUUCUUCUUGGUUUCUCCGGGUUGUUCUCUGGACUCAACUUGGGUCUGAUGACACUCUCACCAUAUGAGCUGCAACUUUAUAUUGCCAGUGGAACGGAAGACGAAAAACGAUACGCUGCUAAGAUAUUGCCCAUCAGAAAAAAAGGAAACCAACUUUUGUGUACUCUACUCAUUGGUAAUGUCAUUGUCAACGUCGGAGUUUCUAUGUUGAUGGAUAUCAUUGUGGGAACUGGUUUAUUUGUACUUAUUGGUGCAACUGCUGCAAUCGUUGUAUUCGGAGAAAUUAUUCCACAGGCAGUUUGUGUCAAACUCGGGUUACCAAUUGGAGCAACAACAAUACCUAUAACACAAGUGCUUCUUUUCUUAAUGUGGCCUUUGACCUGGCCCAUAUCCAAGAUUCUCGACAUGUUCCUGAAAGAAGAGCUUACGCGGUCAUUGGAGCGAAACAAGCUUGUUGAAAUGCUGAAAUUAUCGGAGAAAAGCGUCAUCGGAGGUCAAUCCGAUGAGUUUAAGAUUGUGUUGGGUGCUCUGGAAUUGUACGAUAAAACAGUCGCUCACGCCAUGACUCGCUACGAAGAUAUCUUCAUGCUUCCGGAUACUUUGAAUCUUAGUGCAGAUAUGGUUACUCAGAUUUUGGAUAUGGGAUACACUAGAAUUCCAAUUUUUGAAAACAAGGGAUUGGGAAGUAAUGAUGAUGACAUCAAAAACGUAAUUGCUCUCCUUUUCGUAAAAGAUCUUGCACUUCUGGAUCCAGCUGAUAGUCACAAUGUGAUGAAGAUAGCAUCUAUUUAUAACCAUGAAGUUAGACGUGUUUUGGAGGAUAUGCCUCUUCGCACAAUGCUUGAAGAGUUCAAACGGGGAGAAUAUCACAUGGCGUUAGUGGAGCGUCUCGUUGAGCAAGAAGAUAAAGAUCCGAUUUAUGAGCUGUGUGGAUUGAUUACUCUUGAGGACAUUAUAGAGGAAAUCAUUCAAUGUGAGAUCAUCGAUGAAACAGAUGCUGUGUGUGACAAUGUGCACAGAAAGAAGAGACAACGGAAGAAGAACCAUGAUAUGAGCCAAAUUGUGAACACAGCCCACGCAAAAUGUGCCAUUAACAUUCAAAUGUUAGCUGUGACGAUUCAAGUAAUGAGUACGUGUCACAGAAUAUUCGGACCAAACUUCAUUCUCCCAACCAUUCUCGAGAAGUUGAUCCGAAAAAACUGCAAAAAGGUUGAAACGACGCAGUUCUCGUGUCUCAAGGAACUAGGUCUUGUCCAACCGAAGCCAGCCGUCCUUUACAAAAAAGGAGAGUUCAGCAACAAAUUCAUCAUGAUUCUGAGUGGGCGUGCUGUUGUGACAAUUGGAAAAGAAGAAAUGAGGCUGGAAGCGGGUGCAUGGCAUAGUUUUGGAACGGAGGUUCUUGAUGCAAUGGCGGAGGCAAUUGAGAGAUCCUUAACUCAAACAACUACUAGUAGAUCAACAAUGUCAUUGAACACGGAAAUCACCAACAAUACAAUCGGAUUUGUGCCAGAUUUCGACACUGUUAUUUUGUACGAAUGCAUCUUCUGUGAAUUCAGUGCAUCUGAUUUACUUCUUGCUUUCAAUUCGUCUCAAAUAAUGCAAAACAACUCUAAAGUACAAGUGGUCCGUUCUAAUUCUCGUACCAGUUUGAUUGAAGAAAUUCCAAAGGAUCCUGCAACACCAAUUCGCAAUGGAAGUGUAAAACAUCGGACUGUCAGUGAAGGCGAAACUGUCAAAUUAAUACCAAAGAAUAUGCAGUGUCGUUUCAAUAAAGAAGACCACGAAGAAGAAGAAGAUGAGCAAGAAGAAGAAGAAGAAGAAUAG